CCUAAUCAUCAUUUUAAGUGGUGUAAAGUAUUGAUAUGGCCUAGGAUUAUUACUUUUGUCUUGUUUAUCGGUAAAUAAUAAUUGCUACACUCCUAGCUACAUGUUUAUUUUCAUGCGAAGCUUAUUAGUACAGUGUGGUCAUUAAUUCGAUAAGGUUGCGGAAAGAUGGGCGGGCUGACAUUACUCUGCAGCCUGGCGAUCCUCGCCUCGGCCGUAACUGCGUACAAGAACCCUUACUACGCGCCCAAUAGGUCGGUGAACGUCCACCUCUUCGAAUGGAAGUGGGACGACAUCGCUGAUGAGUGCGAGAGGUUCCUCGGGCCAAGAGGUUUUGGUGGUAUCCAGAUCUCCCCGCCCAACGAGAAUGUGGUGCUGUGGGGCUACAACCGUCCGUGGUGGGAGCGCUACCAGCCGAUGUCGUACAAACUGGUCACUCGCUCCGGCAACGAGGCGCAGUUCGCCAACAUGUUGCGACGCUGUAACGCUGCAGGCGUCAGGAUCUACGUAGACGCAGUGAUCAACCACAUGACGGGCGAGCCCCCGGAGAACGUGGGCACUGCAGGCAGCACCGCCGUGUUCUCCGAGUGGAACUACCCCGCCGUGCCCUUCAACCGGCAGCACUUCAACUGGCCGCACUGCGUCAUCAACGGCAUUGAUUACGCUACUGACGCUUGGAGAGUCCGUAACUGUGAGCUCGUCGGAUUGAAGGACUUGAACCAAGGCGACGAGCAUGUGAGGAAUAUGAUCGUCAACUUCAUGAACGAACUCAUCGACUUGGGUGUUGCUGGAUUCAGGAUCGACGCAGCCAAACACAUGUGGCCCGCUGACCUCCGCGUCAUCUACGAUCGUCUCCACAACCUCAACACAGCCCACGGCUUCCCAGCCAACGCCCGUCCUUACAUCUACCAGGAAGUCAUUGACUACGGCGGCGAGGCCAUUAGCAGAGACGAAUACACGCCCAUAGGAGCUGUGACAGAGUUCAAAGUGGGUUUGGAACUUAGUAACGCCUUCAGAGGGAAUAACCAGCUCCGUUGGUUAUCAACUUGGGGUCCUCAAUGGGGAUUAUUGGCCCAUGAAGACUCUUUGACCUUCAUCGAUAACCACGACAAUGAGAGAGGCCACGGAGGUGGUGGUGGUAUCCUUACCUACAAAGAGUCUCGUCCCUACAAGGGUGCUAUCGCCUUCCUACUCGCCCAUCCGUACGGAGAGCCUCAAAUCAUGAGCAGUUUCGACUUCUGGGACAGCGAAGUUGGUCCCCCUAUGGAUAACAAUGGCAACAUCAUUUCGCCUAGUAUCAAUUCUGAUGGAACCUGUGGUAACGGCUGGAUAUGCCAGCACCGUUGGCGGCAGAUCUACUCCAUGGUGGCGUUCAGGAACGCGGCCGGUAACACUGGCAUCAACGACUGGUGGGACAAUGGCGCCAACCAGAUCGCCUUCUGUCGCGGAGGCAACGGUUUCGUUGCAUUCAAUAAUGAUUAUUGGGAUCUUAACCAGAAUCUACAGACUUGCUUGCCCGCAGGCAGAUAUUGUGACGUGAUAUCUGGUGAGAAGGUGGGCAGUUCUUGCACGGGCAAGACUGUCACCGUGGGCAGUGACGGACGGGCACACAUCAGUGUGGGAGCCAACGAGUUUGAUAUGAUGCUCGCCAUUCAUGUUGGACCUGAGAGUCGUCUUUAAGAUGGAAGCUGGUCAAGUAAUAAGAACAACAAAAAUGAAUUUAUAAGUGAAUCCUCAUUUAUCUUCCAAAGUGCCUUACAGAACACCUUUGUAAAAUAAAUAUCAAUAAACCACAUUUAAAAUAA